UAAAUACCACUCAGACACGCUUGGCCCCAAUGAAUGUUUUGGACAAGACACAAGCAACAAUGACGGGUUUAACACUGUUGCUUCUGCUAAUAGGGACGGUGGCUCACUGUUCAGCUGGACCUCUGCCUCAUGGAAACCCAGAUAAUGUGCGACUGGCAGAGAGAUAUCUGAACCGGUUUUAUGGACUCCCAGCUGGACUCAAGGGAAGGAAGGGCUCUCUCGAUGCAUUUCAGGACAAACUCAAAGAGAUGCAGGAAUUUUUCAAACUUAAGGUUACGGGGAAUCUGGACGAAAACACUCUUGACUUGAUGCAGCAGCCCAGAUGUGGAGUGCCAGAUAUUGGAGAGUACAACCACUUUCCCCGAAAAUUGAAAUGGCAAAACAACAACCUCACAUUCAGGAUUGUGAAUUACACGCCUGACCUAAAAAAGGCAGACGUGGAUAGAGCCAUUCGAAGUGCAUUCAACGUUUGGGCCAAGGUUACCCCUUUGACCUUUAAGAAACUGAAGGAGGGCAUUGCGGACAUCAUGAUCAGCUUUGGGAGCAAAGAACAUGGAGACUACAAUCCUUUUGACGGGCCUAAUGGGCUCCUGGCUCAUGCCUACCCUCCUGGACCUGGCAUGGGGGGAGACACGCACUUUGAUGAAGACGAACACUGGACCAAGGACUCAAGUGCUUACAACCUGUUUAUAGUGGCUGCUCAUGAGUUGGGCCAUGCACUGGGCAUGUCCCACUCCAAUGACCCAGGUGCCCUAAUGUACCCUGUGUACUCCUAUGAGGAAGGCUACCCCCUCACUGAAGAUGAUAUCGAGGGCAUUCAAGAACUCUAUGGACCAAACCCAGAUCAUAAAAAAGUGAAGCCAAAGCCUGAUGCCCCACAGAAGUGUGACCCCACAUUGAGUUUUGAUGCUGUCACUGAACUGAGAGGAGAGACCAUUAUUUUUAAAGACAGAUUCUAUUGGCGAAUCCACCCUCAGUUUGUUGAACCAGAGCAGACCCUGAUCAAGAACACAUGGCCCUCACUGCCCAAUAAAGUGGAUGCUGCCUACGAGAAUCCAGAAAAAGACAUGGUCUUCAUUUUCAGUGGGAAUAAAAUGUGGGCGUUGAAUGGAUAUACCCUUGUGGAUGGUUACCCCAAAUAUAUUCACAAGCUUGGACUACCAAAAUCAGUCAAGAAAAUUGACGCAGCGGUGCACAUCCAAGACACUGGAAAGACUCUGCUCUUCACUGAAGAGGAAUACUGGAGCUAUGAUGAAGCCUCAAGCAGCAUGGACAAGGGCUACCCACACUCCAUAGAGGUUGAUUUCCCUGGAAUGGGUGAUGAAGUGGAUGCUGCUGCUUAUCAUUAUGGUUACUUGUACUUCUUCCAUGAACAUAUCCAAUACGAGUACAGUUACAACUCCAGAAAAGUCAUCCGCGUCCUCAGAGCUAACUCCAUGUUAAACUGUUGAUCAAGACUCCUUCAGUGAUAAGUGUUUCUAAAAUUCACUUAAAAUACAUUUGAUUGAUUCUGUAUUGUACAAAUAAUUAUGCAGGACAUGUGGACAACAUACUUUACCAGACACAGAAUUCUGGAAAUUCAAAGACAGUCUUACCCUUGUUAUUAUAUUUAUUUGCACAUUUAUUUAUGUCUAACCAAGGACAGAUCUUUUGAAUGUGAUAUUUCUACAGUGUAAUAGCAUUUGCUUUGUAUUCGAGUUUUGUUUUGAAAGUUUUGUGACAAUAAAAUCCACUAAAGACAAGAA